GAGAUUAAAGUGGAGUUAUUCACACACUUGGGAGAUCUGCAUCCAGCUGUGUUGCUCACAGCACUGAAAACACCUAAUAAGCCUGUUGUCGCCUUGGACCCCAGGGUCCCGGUGUAACACGGUGUCAUGCAAUCUGGCCAUCAGGAGUACAUGCAUAGCAUCUUUAUCUCUUGCAUUGUUACUUCUGACUGAAAUUUGAUGAAUCGAGAGGUACUGCGUGUCAGGCACUGUGGGUCUAAGCACUGGGGAUACAACCAUUAAGCCCGCUGUGGUUGGAGCAGAGUGGGCAAGCGAGAAAGUAACAGGAGAGAGGUCAAAAAGGAGAGGCUAAGGGGCGCCUGGGUGGCUCAGUCGGUUGAGCGUCCGACUUCAGCUCUGGUCACGAUCUCGCGGUCCGUGAGUUCCAGCCCCGCGUUGGGCUCUCUGCUGACAGCUCAGAGCCUGGAGCCUGCUUCCGAUUCUGUGUCUCCCUCUCUCUCUGCCCCUUCCCCUCUCACUCUCUGUCUCCCAAAAAUAAAUAAAUGUUAAAAUAUAUAUGUUAAAAGAAAAAGAGGCUACAGAAUAAAUUAAUGCAAACGUGGAGAAUUGACGUAUUUAUGGCAGAUAUUACUGAAGCACGUUAAAGAAAACAUCCCCCUCUAUCUAGUAAAAAGACUUAGUAUCUGCCAAAAUUAAGGAUGACUCCCAGCCCUGGAAGAUUGCACUUUUUUUUUUUUUUCCCAUCAUGAGGAAACUAAUGUCAAGAUAUCAAUAGACAGGGAUAGGCCAAAAGAAUUUUGCUGUUCUCUUCAUGUGCCUAAGUUGCAAUGCCAGUUGAUAGUUGGAUAUUAUUUCUCCAGCUCCUGCCAAGGCAUGGCGAUGGGGGUCUUCAAUUAUCUCCCAUGUCUAGGACCAGAGCUAGCAAAGAGAGAAUAUGUUCUCACCCGUUUUUUGUUUUUGUGUUUUGUUUUGGGGUUUGUUUUUGUUUGUUUUGUUUUGUUUUGUUUUGGUGCUUUCCUCCAGGCGAGAAUUGUGGGCCUCUAGGGAAAUCCUACUAUUUUCUUACCCCAUGAUGGCACAAAAAGAAAGACACUUUCUCUAACAGGAAUCUUAAAAUGCAAAAAGUAAGUCCCAAGAGCGGAGACUUCUCAAAGGGAAUCUGAAAACUUCCCGUGUCUUUGUGAUUUGUAGAAAUAGGCCUCUUAUAAGACCUUCACCCACCACCCACCCAGACUCCUGCUAUCCCCUGAUUAAAAACAGAAGGCACUGGUUGUUAAUUCUUUCUGCUUCAGAGAAGGGGAAACCUAUUACAGGACUAUGUCAGCUCUGAAGUGUGGAAGAUCUUCCAGAGUCCCCCUUCAAUGGAAACAAGCCUUGAAAGGGGUAUUUAAAUACAUUUUAAUUGAAAAAUUGCGUGUUUAUAAAAUCAAAGGGUAUGUCUGCAGAGUUAAGAACCUGUAAAGGAUUUUCACUAAAAUGGGAACAAGUGCUCAUUUCCAGGUGGUAAGAGAAUCUUGCCUCUCCUUUAUUAUCACGGGGGGAGAAUGAUUUGUUUUCAUUAUUGCUAGCAUUUCACUGUUAUUUUACCACUCUUGCGAUUGUUGUUAUUUUCGUUUUAGGUAAAUGACUGGCGUGCGGGUGACCCCAGCAGGGGCACGGGCCUCCUGGCUGCUGCGGCGCAGGGGCUUCUGAGGAUUGUAGUCCGCAGACUUUCCUGCGCAUGUGUUAUGGGCUCCGGCGGGCGCCGUGGGCGACCUUGUCUGGGGCGCUGAGGUGAGUCCAGCCCGGACUGCGCCCCGGUCGGAAGCGCUAGGGGUGGAGGGUGUAUAGUCGUGAUCGCGCCCUGUUGCUAGAUGGGAGGAGUUGGAAGCGGGGACUGGUGGCCAAUGAAAGAGCCUUCUUGGCGGGGCGGAGUGUUGAGGUGCUGGCCCUGCAUUCCUUGGGAAGAGGUGGGCGAGCUUGAGCUGGAUUUGGGGGGACUGCGGCAGUGCCUCUGCAGGUUUUGGAGUUCUGCGUUCUCAGGAUCCCACUCUUUCCAAGAGGAAGACAGUAUGGUUAAGUUCCGGGAAACUGUGACCUUCAAGGAUGUGGCUGUGGUCUUCACUGAGGAAGAGUUGGUGCUAUUGGACAAGGCACAGAUACACCUGUACCAGGACGUGACGCUGGAGAACUUUAGGAACAUUGUCUCAGUGGGUGAGGACAACAACCCUCUGUAACCAAGCAGCAAACCACUGGUCCUGUUUCCUCAAAUAAUCAGCUUUGCAGCAGAGAGAAUAUUCCAGUUGGAGCAUAAAGGGAAGCUUUGGCCACUGGAGAGAAAACCUGAGGGAUGU